AUGCAGCCGUGUCAAAUGGCCAGUCCCGUGGAAGUUCAGGACAGAAAUGCUGGUGUCAUGAGUGCUGAGUAUGAAGGUCAUCUUCUGCAGAAAAGGGAGUGCAAACUGAUUAUAAACACGGACAUUAAUGACUGCAAUCGAGACAUGAUGGCCGAGCUCUAUGGAGUUAAAAUGUCAUCUUUACUGACGACACCUCCUAAAAGGCCUGAAUGCAGCAUCACUGUGAGGGAUCCUACUCGAGAACCGGUCAGAUUCUUCAUUCCCCUGACGGAAGAGGAGAAAGAGGAGGCAAAGAAAGCCAACAUCGCUUUUGGUGAUUUCUUGUCUGACCACCAGACGCUUACAGGGGGCGACAUUGUGGAGACUCCUGCCCCUCUACAAACCACACCCCCAAAGGAUCUCCACAAGAGACCAGGCCUGCUCCUCUUCUCCAUCCCUCCAGAGGAGGAAGUGCAGCAGAAGACGGAGAAAGUCAACACACACAGGAGAAAGAAACAAAACAAGGCUAAGGUGCAGAAGACUCGAUCCCAGAAAAAGCCCAGGGAACCGGUCAGUUUCUUCAUUCCCCUGAUGGAAGAAGAGAAAGAGGAGGCAAAGAAAGCCAACAUCAGUUUUGGUGAUUUCUUGUCCGACCACCUGGCGCUUACAGGGGGUGACAUUGUGGAGACUCCUGCCCCUCUACAAACCACACCCCCAAUGGAGACUGAGCCAAACAACACUCCUGAGCCUGCUCCUGUUGAGGUCCAGCCUUCAGAGCCUCAUCCCUCUGCCUCUCCUAGUAACCCAAAAGAGAGGAAGAAGUACAAUCGGGAAUUCCUGCUGCGUUUACGCUUCGUCAGUGCCAGCAUGCGCAGACCCGAGGGUUUUCCGGACAUCCCCGGCGUCGUUCUGGACAAGGUAAACAUGACAGUUAGUGACAUGACGCUCUAUAGGAGCACAGUGCUUUACUCAGUAUGAAGCG